AUGGAUUCUGAAAAUCAUGAUCACGUGAAAAGACAACUCGGAGAUCUCUAUAGUUUUAAUUUUUCAAAUAUUAUAUUGAUUAGAGAAAACUGAGAAAUAAUUUUUUGCUAUAUCAAAUUAGCGAUUAUUCAUAGGCUUCACAAUUGUAAUAUAUUUAGUCCCAAUGUCUGGCUCCCCCCCUUCGUGAGCAAACAAAUAAAAUUUGUUUGCUCACGGAGAGGGGAAAUUUUUUUUUAAACAAUUUAAAUAUAAAUUUUGAAAAUUUUUUAAAAAUUGAGAAUCAAAAAUUAAUUUAAAUAUUUAAAGCGCAAGCAGUUUAAAAUUAAUCAGAAAGAGCUAGAGAUUUCGUUAUAAUAAUUAUCAUUUAUAUAUCAUAAUGUUUGCUCGCUCACGGAGGGAGGGGUUUUUUUUAACCAAAAAAUAGGGAUUUUUCUAAUGAUUUUGUUUGCUCACGGGGGAGUGAGAAUUUUUAAGAACAAAUGAAAUUGAAUGUUCCUCUGGAGAGAACAUAGAUUAUAGUUCAUGAACCUUUAUUGAUUGACCUCAUUGAAAACAGAAACGCUCUAAUGGAACUUCGCAUCUUGCAAAUCUUAGACCAAACCCUUUACUAUUUAAAGAAAUAUUCGGAUUAUAAUACAAAAGCUCUUUGUUUAACUAGUUAAAUAUUAGAUAUUUUUUUUUAAUAUUUUGAAAAUAUUUCUAGAAUUAGCAAGCUCAGAAAAAUAAAGCCAAAGUAUAUUUUGUAUUUAAAAUAGUUCUUUUCUAUUUAUGUUUUAAAAAAUGUAGGCCCAAAUAUGGAAUUAAAAAUGAAAGUCAAAACAUUUUUGAUAAGUGCAAUAAGCGAGCCAAUUUUUUAAAAAUAAGGCUUAAUAUUUCUAUUAACUUACUAUUAUCUAAUGCAGCACUUCUCUCGGUGUUCACCUUGUACUCAUCCCCAAAAUUUCUUUCUGUUAUCUUUUUCCUAUUAGAGCGGUUACGUUUUCAAUGAGUUCGAUUGAUAAAGGUUCAUGAGCUAUACCAAUAUUCUGAACAAAACUAUCAAAUCAUCAAAAAGCGUUAUUCUAGUCCAUGUGAAGAGUUAAUGAGUUUGUGCAACAGAGAUCGAGAUAGAAAUCAAAUUAAUAAAGAAGACUACAAAGAGAUAUUAAAAGAAAUUGCAAACUGAUGCUUAAAAAAUAUAUACGAAAAUUCACAACCUUUAGCAAUCUUCCGGGCAUUUUAUAAAUAUCUUGGCAUUGGCUUUGGAUUGAUUAGCAUUGCAGACUCUAUUACUCAGAUGGACUUUUUUGAAUUCCAUGAGGCAAUUUGUGUUUUUGCUAUUUUUAAUCAGUCAAUCUAUAAUUUGAUACCUAGCACAAGUAGCACCAAUGAAUUUUUAAAAUCCUUAUUUAAAGAAAAACUCGUUUCACACAUUGAUGAAAAAAUAAUCGACAAAAAGUCUCAAAUACUAUUACAUUGUGGCUGCAGAUUUGAUAUUUUUGAUAUAAAGGAUUUAACCCGAAAUUGCAAAUGCAAUGAAAAACUUUAUGAAUUUGAAAUUGAUCUGAUUAAAAAAUUAAAGAAGGAAUAUGAUUUAUCUAAAUCUUGAUUAAUUCUAAAAAGUUUUAAAAUUAUUCUUUGAUAUUUCUUUAUAAAAUUAUAUAAGACAGAAUCCAUUAUUCAUUAUUUUGAGCUAUAUGCAACCAAAAAAAUAAAGCAAAAAAGAAAAAUAGAUCAUGUUAUGAAUAUAAUGUUUAUGGAAAUGAAUUCUUGCUACUAUGAAUAUGAAGGCCCUAA